AUGGAGGUUGUCCAGGACCCGCCUACCCCGACCGACCGGGUUGAUGACGAAAGGGACGCACGCUCUGUUAAUGCCGAUGCCGUUCAAUCGGAACCGGUGAAGGCAACAGACACUUCUUUACCCCCGCCGCCCCUUCCGGUGCCAACUUCUGCCGAUCCUGUGAAGCCUUCAGCGGCAAAUAAAACGCAACGUCGCCAGCGGGGCAAGGGUAAACAGGUCAAGGAUCCGAACCCAGCCGCCCUCGCGAAUCCGCCAGCCACGGAGAGUGGCAGUGAAAGUGAGGCGAUGUCACAAGGUUCCUCUCGUAGUAGCAGCCCCGCCAGGACAGAGAAGAUUCGAGCACACACUGAACGCUUACAACAAUUUCUCAGUGCUGAGAAGGAACAGGACGUUGCCGCUGCGAAGCGUAAAUUAGAACAGGGCAGUGAGCAGUUACCACAGCGCCCGCGCAAACAUUCUGUGCCGUCACAGCCGGCCGUAACAUCGCGCGGCGGCCGGGCGGAAGCCACCAAGCCGUCGGGCGACGCACGACCACCCCCGCCACCUGACAGUCACAGCCCGUGGUGGCAGCAGGAGGACGAGGGGGGCCAGUAG